AUGAAAACUCGUACAACUCUUGAAGCAGCGAAACGUGCAGCUGCUUAUACUGCCGGUGAAAGAGAAAUAUUUAGCGGAUGUCGAUUAGGUGUUGGUUCAGGAUCGACGGCAAAAUAUUUGAUAGAAUUUCUUGCUGAACGUAUAAAAAAUGGCUUACUCAGUGAUAUAAUUUGCGUGCCUUCAUCAUUUCAAACUAAUACAUUAUUAGUGAAUGCUGGUAUACACGUUUCAUCUUUAGAGCAAACUCCUGUAUUGGAUCUUUGUAUAGAUGGAGCCGAUGAAGUAGACGAUUCUCUAAAUUGUAUAAAAGAUAUAAUCUAUAUGAAUGAAAUUGAAGGUGGUGGAGGUUGUUUAACAAGAGAGAAAAUUGUACAGUCAUGUGCUAAACGCUUUUAUAUAAUCGCUGAUAGCCGUAAAGAUUCGAAAGUCCUUGGUGAAAAAUAUCCAACUAUACCGAUUGAAGUUAUUCCGUUUGGGCAUGUGCCAAUCGCUCAGUGGAUCAAACGGGAAGAAGGAGGUGAACCUGUUCUGCGAAUGAGUUCGAAAAAAUGUGGGCCUGUUAUAACGGAUAAUCACAAUUACAUAUUGGAUUGGCACUUUCCCAAAGGCAAAUAUUUGAAUACGAGCGACUGGGCUGCAUUACAUCACCGUUUGAUUAAUUUUCCAGGAAUUGUGGAAACUGGUCUUUUUAUUGGAGUCGCCGAAAAAGCUUAUUUUGCGUCUCUGAAUGGCACAGUUAAUGUUAAAGAUAGGCAUGUAUGA